AUGGCUCCACGCAAGGUCAUGUCAGACACACCCACACAACGAACCCUAUCCGGCAACACACAGAAGCGCGAGCGACCGGAAACCGACUAUGAACGAUGGCAGCAUGAGCAAGAUCAGAGCUACCUGCCCGGGGAGCGACCACAGUAUGCACCAAGUUCGGCGGAACCUCACAACGAUAAAUCUUCAAGCGAACAUCAGACGGAGGACGAUGUGUUAGGCGGAAGUGACGAGUUGCGCCAUGGACAACAUUAUGUAAAGGACAGGCCCACAUCGCACGGUUAUUUUGUGUCCUCAAAAGCCUCGGCAGAUGCCCUCGCAAGCGAAGAUAGCGUCAUUGCUACUGCCAGAAAGGUUUUACAGCUUGGCAACGAGACAUCUAUGGGCAGUCUACUUUUGUUCGCGGUCUUGUUGAUGAUCCUUUUCCGGGCAUCAAAGUCAAUCAAACGAGGCCGUCGCUGUCGCACUUUUCCACGGUCCGGCGACACCUGGGACGGGUCACAAUUCGGGGGCAAGCUGUCACUUUAG